AUGGAUCUGGAGCCCGGCACCAUGGACAGCGUCCGCGCGGGGCCGUUCGGACAGUUAUUCCGGCCGGACAACUUCGUAUUCGGCCAGACUGGAGCUGGAAAUAAUUGGGCGAAAGGGCACUACACCGAAGGAGCCGAGCUGAUCGAUAGCGUCCUCGACGUCGUUCGCAAGGAGGCCGAGGGGUGCGAUUGCCUGCAGGGUUUCCAAAUGUGCCAUUCCUUGGGAGGAGGCACAGGCGCUGGGAUGGGAACCCUGCUAAUCUCCAAGGUCCGCGAGGAGUACCCGGAUCGCAUCAUGGAGACUUUCAGUAUUAUCCCCAGCCCAAAAGUUUCGGAUACCGUCGUGGAGCCGUACAACGCCGUCCUUUCUUUCCACCAGCUCGUGGAGAACGCGGACGAAUGUUUCCUGUUGGAUAACGAGGCGCUGUAUGAUAUCUGUUUCAGGACGUUGAAGCUGACGACUCCAACGUACGGGGACCUGAACCACCUCGUGAGUGCGGCGAUCAGUGGCGUGACCACGUGCCUGCGUUUCCCUGGGCAGCUCAAUUGUGAUUUGCGCAAGAUCGCCGUGAAUCUGAUCCCGUUCCCGCGCCUGCACUUCUUCAUGACUGGUUUCGCGCCGCUCACGAGCCGAGGUUCCCAGCAGUACAGAGCCCUGACAGUCCCUGAGCUGACCCAGCAGAUGUUCGAUGCGAAAAACAUGAUGUGCGCGGCAGACCCACGUCACGGUCGCUACUUGACCGCCGCGGCGCUCUUCCGCGGUCGCAUGUCCACGAAGGAAGUUGACGAGCAGAUGUUGAACGUGCAAAAUAAGAAUUCGUCGUAUUUCGUCGAGUGGAUCCCGAACAACAUCAAAGCGUCAGUUUGCGACAUCCCCCCGAAGGGAUUGAAGAUGGCGGUGGCUUUCGGAUUGAAGAUGGCGGUGGCUUUCGCCGGCAAUUCUACCGCGAUCCAAGAAAUGUUUAAGCGUGUAGCAGAAUAUUUCACUGCCAUGUUCCGGCGCAAGGCGUUCCUUCAUUGGUACACAGGGGAGGGCAUGGACGAGAUGGAGUUCACCGAGGCCGAGAGUAACAUGAACGACCUGGUUUCCGAGUACCAGCAGUACCAGGACGCCACCGCCGAGGAGGAGGGCGAGUUCGACGAAGAAGAGGAGGGCGAGCAGUGA